GAGACGUUCUCAUUUUCUGAAUGUUUAAUCCAUCAAAUAUCACAAGUCAUUUAAUUGCAUCCACAUCACAUGUUUUGUCUAUAUGUUUCGGUGAGGCAUCAUGGGAGCGUACAAGUACAUGCAGGAGUUAUGGAGGAAGAAGCAGUCAGAUGUGAUGAGGUUUCUGCUGCGUGUGAGGUGCUGGCAGUACCGCCAGCUGUCCUCCCUCCACCGGGCUCCUCGACCCACCAGACCCGAUAAAGCCCGCAGACUGGGAUAUAAGGCCAAACAGGGCUAUGUCAUUUAUCGUAUUCGGGUGCGCCGUGGAGGUCGCAAACGCCCCGUGCCCAAGGGUGCUACCUACGGCAAACCUGUGCACCAUGGCAUCAACCAGAUCAAGUUUGCACGCAGUCUUCAGUCAGUAGCUGAGGAGCGUGCUGGCCGUCACUGUGGUGGUCUGCGAGUGCUCAACUCAUACUGGGUGGGUGAAGAUUCCACAUACAAGUUCUUUGAAGUUAUCCUCAUCGACACCUUCCACAAAGCCAUCAGACGAAACCCCGACACUCAAUGGAUCACCAAGGCCGUACACAAGCAUAGGGAGAUGCGUGGGCUCACAUCUGCAGGCAAGAAGAGCCGCGGUCUCGGCAAGGGCCACAAGUUCCACCUCACCAUCGGCGGCUCGCGACAUGCAGCCUGGAAGAGACGCAACACCCUGCAGCUGCACCGUUACCGCUAAAGAACAUGUGCUACAACUGUACUUUUAUCCAAAUAAAGUUCCUUAUGUAUGGUCA